GCGAAGUGUCUUAACAUUUUAAAUCUCAUAUCACCCAGGGAAAGAAGUGAAUGGCAAAAAGACUAAGCCACCUCGCCAUGUAUGCUAAUAUGGGCUAAGCCAAAGCGGACAGCCGUGUAUGCUAGUAUGGGUUGACCCAAAGGGGACAAAAUGUGUGCAGAGAGAUAAGUUCUGGAAAGACAUCAGAAACUCCACCACUCUCUUCCCAAAAUACUUUCCAGAUCAAUACAAGACCAUUGAAAUACUAGAAGGUGAUGGAAAGGCUGCAGGCUCUGUUCGUCUCUUCACAUAUGCUGAAGGUUCUCCACUUGUGAAAAUAUCGAAAGAAAAGAUCGAUACGGUGGAUGAAGCAAACAAGAAAGUGUCAUACAGUGUCAUUGAGGGAGAUCUCUUGAAAUACUACAAAAGUUUCAAGGGGAAAAUAGAGGUGAGUCCAAAGGGGGAUGGGUGCUUGGUGAAAUGGACAUGCGAGUAUGAGAAGGUGAGUGAUGAUGUUGAGGUUCCACACAUCAUCAAGGACUUUGUUGUCAAGAACUUCACUGAAGUGGAUGAUUUGAUUCAGAAGGCAUAGAGAAGCCAAAAGCUCUCUGCCCAUUGAGGAGUGAUCUUAUAUAUGUAUGUUUAAAUCAAUAAUAAUGUGGAGGCCUACUCUACUCUUAAUAAUUUUGAUUUGUCUUUCUUGAUACUUGUUUGGCUUAUAAUGUAUGAACUAUCAUUUUUUUUUUUUUGAUAUGCAUAUGAACCCAGAAGUCCAAGUAA